UGAGACCCAGGCCCAGCACGAGGGUCGCGCCUGGGAAGAGCUGGACUUUGGGAGGAACCGCUUUCUGCCCCUCUCCUCUUGCUUCGCCCCAAAGAAAAAUUCUAACCCCCUCCAGACCCAAAUGUCACUCUCCUUGACACUGUCCCUCUGAGAGAAAGGGUGACCACCAGGGGUGGUUUCAGCAGUGGCCCCAUCCUCUCUGAUUCCUGGUCCAGGUCGGUAGUCAUGGUAACCCUUCCCCAGCCUGGAAUCGUCCCCCUUUGUGGUUAUGGAGCCCCAAACCUCACCUGUCCCUGCACCAGGAGGAGGUUGCUAAGGUAACCUAAGUCCCUGGUGGUCCUUCUGCCCCUACCUUCAUUUGGUUACUAUGGCAACCUCACCUAGCACUCAGGUAGAAAGGACCCCAGCCCCAAGGACACUGAUUGCUGAGAGAACACCUCUUUCCCAACCCCUCCCCCUAGCCACCCAGUUGGCAUUACCAUGGUAACCUGUUCCCCCCACCUUUCUCAUCGUGGGAGGUCCAUGGACCAAACCAACCAGGUGUGUUUAUUUAGAGAGGAUGCUCUGCUGAGGAGUCGUUGCUAUGGUUACAGGGCCUGGACCAGGAGGUGGAAACAGGCAAGGCCAACCCCUGGUUACUAUGGUAACAAGGACAGUCCCCCUUCCCGUGACCCUAAGAACCAGGCCCACCAAGGUAGGAGACAGUUUUAAGAUUGUGUCUCGGGAUGGAGUAGGUCUAGGGAAGAGGUCGUCAUGGUAACAGCUUUGGUCACUUCUAGCCCCACCUUUCUGGACACAUUCAUUCAUAAGAAAGGGAUGGUUAUAGGUUGGUAUCAUAACUGAUAUCCUUCCCACCCAUUCCUGAGAUACCCCAGGUGGUGCCUGAGCUUAUGGAACUUCAAAGAGUAAAGGAUUCUCUGACCUUCUCACUGCCACUUUUGUAGGUAAGGUGAAAUCAUACUCUACUUUGCAAAAUUGGCUGAUUUGGGGUUUUCUGGUUCUCGUUCCCUCAGCAGUGCAGCUGAGCUGGGCUGGAACCGCCCACCCGGAGGUCCUGCAGCAACCUAGGAGGAUGCCCUGGAAGCCCAGCUAGGGCCCGACUUUGGCCCCAUGCGUCUCACCCGCUGCCAGGUUGCCCUGGCAGCUGCCAUCACGCUCAACCUCCUGGUCCUUCUCUAUGUCUCAUGGCUGCAGCACCAGCCCAGGAACUCCCGGGCCCGGGGUCCCCGCCGUGGAGCUGCUGCCGGCCCCCGCGUCACCGUCCUGGUGCGGGAGUUCGAGGCCUUUGACAACGCGGUGCCUGAGCUGGUGGACUCCUUCUUGCAACAGGACGCAGCCCAGCCCGUGGUGGUGGCCGCCGACACGCUCCCCUACCCGCCCCUGGCCCUGCCCCGCGUUCCCAACGUUCGCCUGGCGCUGCUCCAGCCCGCCCUGGACCGGCCCGCCGCGGCCUCGCGCCCCGAGACCUAUGUGGCCACCGAGUUCGUGGCCCUGGUGCCCGACGGGGCGAGGGCCGAGGCACCGGGCCAGCUGGAGCGCAUGGUGGAGGUGCUCCGGGCGGGAGGGGCACGCCUGGUGGCCGCCCCCGUCGCCUCGGCCAACCCUGCCCGGUGCCUGGCCCUGAACGUCAGCCUGCGGGAGUGGACGGCCCGCUACGGCCCCGCGCCCUCCGCCGGGGAGGGCGGGCGCCUCGAGUGGUUCGGUUGCAGCAAGGAGACCCCGCGCUGCUUCGGGACGGUGGUGGGCGACACGCCGGCCUACCUCUACGAGGAGCGCUGGACGCCCCCGUGCUGCCUGCGCGCGCUGCGCGAGACCGCCCGCUACGUGGUGGGCGUGCUGGAGGCGGCGGGCGUGCGCUACUGGCUGGAGGGCGGCUCGCUGCUCGGCGCCGCCCGCCACGGGGACAUCAUCCCGUGGGACUACGACGUGGACCUGGGCAUCUACCUGGAGGACGUGGGCAACUGCGAGCAGCUGCGGGGGGCCGAGGCGGGCUCGGUGGUGGACGAGCGCGGCUUCGUGUGGGAGAAGGCCGUAGAGGGCGACUUCUUCCGCGUGCAGUACAGCGAGAGCAACCACCUGCACGUGGACCUGUGGCCUUUCUACCCCCGCAACGGAGUCAUGACCAAGGACACGUGGCUGGACCACCGGCAGGAUGUCGAAUUCCCCGAACACUUCCUGCAGCCUCUCGUGCCCCUGUCCUUCGCUGGCUUCGUGGCGCAGGCGCCUAACAACUACCGUCGCUUCCUGGAGCUCAAGUUCGGCCCCGGGGUCAUCGAGAACCCCGAGUACCCCAACCCGGCACUCCUGAGUUUGACGGGAAGCGGCUGAAGCUCCAGCGCCCGCUCCUGGGGUCUGAAGAACACUCAUGCGCGGGGAGCUGCCCUUUCCUUUGGCGCCGUUGGCAUUUGGGGGGCGGGCCGGGGGCGGGCCGGGGACGGGCCUGGACCUCGAAGACCUGCCCUGCCCAAGAGUUCCAAGAGCUUGGGUUUUAUUUAGAGCACGGACAGUCUUAUAAAGAGGAAAACGUGUACGUUCUGCGGCUGGACUGCCGCGAUUAAAACCCCAGCUCUACCACUUACUAGUUGGGCGGGCCUGGGCGAGUGUCCCAGUUUCUGGGUGCGCAUCACUUUCCUCCAGGAUUCAGUGGGUGAGGCCCUCGCAGCGUCUCGCUCGUGAAGAGCCCCGCAGGACUCUUGGUUGCUGGGGUUGCUUCCGCCACUAGAGGGCGCCUUUGUCCUGCUCUGGGGCCAAGGCCCGAGUAAGCCCUGGACCUCCCCGUUCCCGUAGCUUUCCUAACUCUUGAGCCUUUGGUCUCUCUAAUCCCCCGUACCUGGAGGGACAGGAUGACUAUCUCCCUUCUUCCAGAAUGCGACCUCCUUGCCUCCUGGGAGAGCCCUGUGAGAUGCAUGCUGCUCUUAACCCCAUCUUACAGAGGAGGAAACAGGCUCAGCCCUGAGCUGCAGCCGUGGUUAAGAACCGGGUUCUGGAUGCCAGACCCACUCCAUAUUAACUGCGUUACCUCAUUGUUGUAGAACUCUGCACCUGUUAGCCCACUUGCAAGGCGGGAUAAACAGCAAUCCUAGCUCACAUAACUCAGCACGUGUGAUGUGCCAGGCAUCCUUCUCGGUGUUGGACACGGAUUAACUGAUCAAUCUCUCACCUCAACCCUCUGAGGCGGGAGGGAGCUGCUGUUAUUUCCGUUUUACAGGUGAGCACACUGAGGCCAGAAUGGUAAAGUCACUUGCCCAAGGUCAGACAGCUUAGGAAGUGACAGAGCAGGGACUCGAACCCAGUCAGGCUGGAGCCCACACUGAAGUGGGAUAUUCUGCCCCUCUCUAGUAACUCUACAUGAGACGGGGCGUCCCGGGAGGCCGCACCACUUAGCAGGUGAAGCCAUGGCGGCCUUCCUUUUGUGAUCAUGCACCCAAGAGUAAGUGCUGUUUGGGCAAGUAUCCCAAAUAUGUGUAUUUAUUUAUAAAUUAUAUACAGGUACUACUAUCGUUCUGUAUAUUAGUAAUGAGGCUUAAAUUAUCCCAUUUUAAAAUUUAAAAUAAACUUAGAGGUUUAUUUUAACUGGCUCAUCUCAGUGACUUGUCCCGCACACCCCCUGGGUGUGUGCACCCAGCUUUUGGGACCAUGGAUUCUGAGGCGGGAGAGGCCUGGGGUCAAAACCCAGCGCUGCCACACCCCCUUUCUCCCAUUGGGAAUUUGGGCCGUGGUGACUCUCCCUCUCUGAACCUCUGCUUUGCACCUGGGAAAUGCGGGUCAUGAACGCUCACCCCCCAGGGGUGCUGUGAGCCACUUGAGUGGAACGGGCUCAGGAAUCAAGGCUGGGUUUGGCUCCUGGCACGGCCACUUAUUUUCUUUGUGAUCUUAGGCAAGUCACUGCCUCCCCAAACCUAUAGGUUGGGUGUGGGGAAGGGGUGAUACUGCAGAAGCGGGAAGCCCUUGGAGGAGGAGGCGGCGGCACAGACCGGCCUCAGCAUUGGCCCGCCAAGCCCCUCCCCCACUGUCCCCUUCUCACUUCCUCAAAUCCUCUGCCAUCUGGCCAUCUCUUUCCCGAUGGUCUGCCAGAUCGCUUUGGUUUUGCAAGGGAAGCUAGAAGUGUUUUCUUAAAUCGCAACAGAAGAUAUAAAUGCAAAUCUGGCCCACUCUCAAACGUGGCUCCCACAUCCAAAGUCCGAUUUCUUAGAACACAGCCUCUGUUUUUAGCCACUGAACCCGCAAAUGGCUCCCAGAGACUGUUGGGUUUCCAUGGAGCAUUCUGGAAACAUAUGGGGAUGAUUUGGGUUAUCACUGUGAUCGGGUGGUGCUUUUGGCUCUUGGGAGGCAUAGCCCAGGGAUGGAGAUGUCAUAAUAUGCAGGGCAUCUUCACAUAAUAAAGCAUUGGCCCUUGUCACAUACGGUUUUGAAAUGUCCCGUUGGACAUUCAUGAAGGAAGUGUGAUGUUCAAAAUCGUUUGCAACUGGUACGGUGAUAUAAAUUAAUAUAUACGUCAA